GUUCCCUGUGUGAGCAGAGCUUCAGACGUGUCUCUGUAAUGUCGUACAAACCUUAAACUGACUUCAUCAGAUCUGUUUCAAGUCUCAGCGGAGUCUCUGACAAACAGUGAUAUGGCUGCUGCUGGUCGUGUCCUAUCUGAAGAUCAGUUCCUGUGUUCCAUCUGUCUGGAUUUGUUCACUGAUCCAGUCACAAUACCAUGUGGACACAACUUCUGCAAAUCCUGCAUCUCUGAACACUGGGAUAAUAAAGAAAACUACCAGUGUCCCAUGUGUAAAGAGCAUUUCUACACCAAACCUCAGCUGAAGAUCAACACUUUGAUCUCAGAGAUGGUGGCUCACUUCAGACAUGAAGCUCAGCAUGAACCAAACAUCUACAGCUCAGACCAACAAGCUGCCAAACCAGGAGAAGUUCCCUGUAACGUCUGCUCUGAACCCAAACUGAAGGCCCUGAAGUCCUGCCUGGUGUGUCUGACCUCCUACUGUCAGACUCAUCUGGAACCUCAUCUGACACUUUCAGGACUGAAAAGACAUCAGCUGAUCCACCCUGUGGAGAACCUGGAAGACAGGAUGUGUAGGAAACAUGAGAAACCUCUGGAGCUGUUCUGUAAAACCGACCACACAUGUAUCUGUCUGCUCUGUCCUGUUGUCGACCACAAGAACCAUGACUUUGUUUCUCUGAAAGAUGAAUAUGAAGAACAGAAGGCAGAGCUGAAGAAGACAGAGGCUGAAAUUCAGCAGAUGAUCCAGGAGAGACGACUGAAGAUCCAGGAGAUCCAACGGUCAGUGGAGUUCAGUAAGAACGCUGCAGACAGAAAGACAGCAGAAGGUGUUGAGGUCUUCACUGCUCUGUUGGAGUCUGUUCAGAGAAGUCUGGACCAGUUCAAAGAGGAGAUCCAAGAAAAGCAGAGGACCUCUGAGAAACAGGCUGAAGAUUUCAUCACAGAUCUGGAACAGCAAAUCUGUGAGCUGGAGAGGAGACACACUGAGGUGGAGCAGCUCUCAGGCUCUGAAGACCACCACCACUUUGUCCAGAGGUUCACAUGUGUCAGAGCUGCUCCAUCCAUGAAGACCUGGACAAAGGUCAGCUUCUGUCCACCAUCAUAUGAGGGGACUGUGGUUAGAGCUGUGUCUGAGCUGGAAGACAAACUCACAGAAGAGAAGAAGAAGGUGGUUAAAGCUGAGCUGAAGAGAGUCCAACAGUAUGAGGUGGAUCUGACUCUGGAUCCAGAUACAGCUUAUCCUACCCUCAUCCUGUCUGAUGAUGGAAAACAGGUUCAUUAUGGUCAUGUAAAGAAGAACCUUCCAGACAAACCACAGAGAUUCUCUGUUUGUCCUGGCAUCUUAGCGAAGCAGAGUUUCUCUUCAGGCAGGUUUUACUACGAGGUUCAGGUCAAAGGAAAGACUGGCUGGGAUUUAGGAGUGGCCAGAGAGUCCAUCGACAGGAAAGGACCAAUCAUCUAUGGUCCUCAGAACGGAUACUGGACCAUCUGGCUGAGAAAUGGAAAUGAGUACUAUGCUUGUGCUGGUCCUUCUGUCCGUCUGUCUCUGAAGUCUUGUCCUCAGAAGGUGGGGGUGUUUGUGGAUUAUGAGGAGGGUCUGGUCUCCUUUUAUGACAUAGAUUCUUCAGUUCUCAUCUACUCCUUCAUUGGCUGCUGCUUCAAUGAUAAACUCCUCCCAUACUUCUAUCCAUCACUGAGUGAUGGAGGUACAAAGUCUGCUCCUCUGAUCAUCACUCCUGUUAACACUGAGUAAGAAAUUCAUCAAAUGUACAGAGUUUCUCUGAUUUACUGGCAUCACUAAAUUAGUGAUGAUGUACUGUAAUUUCCGGACUAUAAGCCACUACUUUUUUCUCACGCGUUGAACCCUGCGACUUAUACAAGAUUGUGGCUCGAGUAUAGAUUUUUUACGGAACUACCGGCCUCCAGGGGGCGCUCUAGCAGGAAGCACAAAAGUGACACAGACAGAUGGAAGAGGUGAUGCG